GCCGUCAUUCUCCGGAAGUACAGUUAAUUUUUAUUCACGAGAAAAAAACAGCUGGUGUACGAAAAAAAGAAAGCGUCAAAAAUGCCAGCCUCAAAGCGAGGAACAGAGGAGCCCCUCGAUCCUCAAGCGAAAUUGAGGAGGCUGGAAGACAUUGGUGAAGCGCUCCAGUCCGAAACCACACCAGCAAUCAACAACAGGUCUCAUAAAGAAAUACAUUUGCAUGAAAUUACAGAUGCUGUUGCCCCUCGGACCAAAAGGAAACUUGAAGAAGAAGAAGAAGCUACGGAAGGAAACCCAUCCAAGUCAUCACGACAGACUUCACCAGUCCGAACUACUCUAGGUCCACCCGUCACAAAACACUCAAGUGCCUUCUGUCGGGAAGCUCCGUCAGAUGAUUUUAAUACAGAGUUCAAUGUCGACAAUACGCCCAGCGACAGCAGCAAGGACGGACUUUUCACUGAGAGCAAUGAGCAGGGUUUGACAAAAAAAUACUCAAGCCUAAUACAAACCAAGCCAGCCUCCGACUCGCUGCAGGUGAGUGAAGAGUUACCGUCACCUCCAGCAGAAUUUGUCCAGAAUGAGCACAGUUAUGGCAAAUCAUCAGACUCCAGUCUUGACAGCAUUUUGGACACUACAGAAAACACCACAAAGGAAAGUAGGGCAGCCAACAUCAUAUUUACGGCUGAAGAAAAGGAGAGAAAAGAAGCAGACGACCAAAGGCUUCCUGCUAACCAUCCCCUCGCAUCGUCCUUGACGCAUUCGGAGGAUGCUGCUGCAGGUGGUGCUGCUGCUAUCAGAAGCCGGGCAGUGGGAACAUUUUGUUCCAGCAACGGAGAUGCACAUCUUGAACAGUUAGUCUGUGAACAAAAUUGGCAGACUGAUUCCAUCAGUGAAUGUAUAGAAACUGUGACAAGUGUUAUAAAGCAGGAUUUAACACAAAAUACAGACCAGGAAAAGCAUGAUGUGACGGUCAGUGGUGACUUAAUGAGGCUUAAUGAUGUAUCUGGUGAAGAUCAGAUGCCCCCAAACGUCAAUGCUGAAGAAAUUGUGUUGGAAAGUUGUAAUCCUGAGACAAGCAUUGAAGAAAGUUGUAUACCCGAGUCAAAUCGAUGUCCAUAUACUCAGGCAACAGAAACUGAAUCCGACCAAAACCCGGAGAGUCAUUUUAAAGAACUUCUAACUUCAGCAUCUGAGAAUCAGACGCAAGAAAAAACAGGUUUUACGGACACUGGUAGCAACUGGGAUCCUCGGAUUGAGAAAGUAACACAGUCCGAUAGAAUUCCAGCCAGUAAGAUUGAAGAUGAUGUGUGCCAAAUUGAAUUUGAGUGUAAUAAAACUCUGGAAAGUUUGGAUGAGGUGCUUUCAAAGAAGACCCAAGAUGUGCCAGAAGCAGUCCUUGCAGUGUGUUCAGUCGAGGAAAGUCAAAUGGAAACACCUGAGGUAACCGUAGAAGUAAUGGAAUCUGAUAUGAACCCAGCGAGUCAUACUGAAGCAAAUCUAAGUGCAACAGAGUCCGAUAGAAAACCAGACACACCGACCGAAAUGUUUUCGAUUUCAAAGGAAACUGUUCCCACGUCGCAAGAGGUCCUCACUGAAAGUCACAAUGCAGAGGAUCAGAGAACGGCAAGUGGAACUCCAGAGAAUACAUCCAUCCAUCCAUCCAUUUUCUAUACCGCAGUUGAUGAAAAAAGGCAGACUGAGGUAACGUUCAUAGAUUUGCCAGUUGUGAAGAAAAACGUUCCUGCACCACAAGAGGUCCUCGUUGAAAAUCUUAAUGCACAAGUUGAAGAAACUCAAAUAGAGAGCCAUGUUCAAGAAAUGUUAACAGUGGAGUACUGUAGUCAAUCAGGAAAUGGAAAAUGUGUAUCUGAAACUCAAUCACUUUUAAUGAAACCUACACCACCAGAGGUCAUGGUUGACCAGUUAACUGUUGAGCGUCAAGUUGAAGAGUUCCGUGGAACCCCAAAUAGUCAGACCGAAGAAAUGAAUCCAGUUUUAAUGGAGUCUGUUCAAAGCUCAGUAUGUCCUGUUGAAGACCAUAUAUUAGCAUCGCCUUCACUUUCACAAAAAACUGAAAACACUCCAAAAGAAGCCCUUAGCAACUGUUUUGUUGCAGAGAGCCACGUUGAAGAACAUCAACUGGUGUCCAAUGAAAAAAAUCAAACAGAACUGGAGGCUGGUAAAAACAUUGAAAGUCAUGUUGAAGAGUUGUCUCUUUCACAAAGAAGUGAACCAAAGCCACAGAUGGCCCUCAUAGACAGUUUAGAGGAACAUCAAGAGGUCCUCGGAGAUUGUUUUCAUGCAGAAAGUCAGAUUGAGAAGAAGCAUAUGGAAUCUGAUAAUAGAAUCAUCUCAAAUCCCUUUGAACAAAAGCAGGAGCAAGUCAACAAAAGCAUCAACACAGCUGAGGUGUCGACACCUCACUGUGAGUCGGCCGGCAAGCAAAACAGCACAAUGGAGAUGCCCCGUCAACAUGUCAUCAUCUCGCAGCUGCAGACAGAUGUGGAAACGCCAUCGAAGGGAAGAUUAACCGCUACGUUGCUUCAGGAGGAAAUCAAUAAUCACUCCAGCCAAAAUGACAAUGAAGACUUGAAAAUUUUUAAUGCAGAAACGGUGCCAAAGGCAAACGUCCAGGAGAGCCCUGAAGUUAGCGAUUGCACCACUGCUGUUACACAAAAAGCUUUAGCUCCUGCAAAUUUCAAGACCAGUGGAACCGAAGAACUCAAAACUGUUAUGGAUGAAUCAGAAGAAGCACACGAGAGAGUCGAGGUGAACAAAAUUCAAAAUUUCAAUGUUUGUGACUAUGAAAACAAGUUAAAUUUGGACUCUGUAGCUACACCUGUGAGUCCAACUGACCUCCAAAUUCAAAGCACUGAAGAAUCGGAAAAUCAAAAAAGUCAAGCAGAACCAACAGCAGACACAAUGUCUUCUGAAGUUCUCGUCGAAGAAAACCCGGAGGAUGCAAAAUUACUUGACGCUCCUGAAAAUCAGGCAGAAGUAUCCGAAGACAUGGAGUAUGAAGAUUCUGGUGUUCAAGAGAAUCAGACUGCAUUAUCAACAAAGACUUCUUAUGAGACACAAAAAUUGGAAAGUGAAAUGGUGGAAACCUCAAACUUGGAAAUACAUCAUGAAACGGAGUUGCUACAUGAGACAACAAAUCAUUCAAGUAGAAAUGACAUGGUGAAGAAUCUUGAGCAUGCAACAGCAUCAGCCCCAGUGGAGCAAGAGGUCGCAGAACAUAUGCUGAUCGUAUGUGAAAGUGAAACGGGUCCUGAUUUGACUGCAAAUGGCAGUCAUGGUAACAAGGGUACCACACAGUGUGUCACAGAAGUAGAAAUGGUAGCAGAAGAAGACGACACGAAUAAGAAGGUCAGCGAAUCGACAGUUAUCGUCUCAAUCUUGGGGAACAAUAAGGUCACCGAAUUCAUCACCAGUGAUUCGAAUGCUUCCGUAAACCAACCAGAGAUGGACAAUCCAGCAACACCGGAUUGUAUCUCAAUUCCAACUUCUCCUGAGGAAAUACAAGUGCAGAAUGAAGACCUUGCUGAAGUUCAACUCAAGCAUGCGGUACCAGAAAUGGCAAACACUUCGAAUGCAGUGACAAGUGUCAUUCAAGAAGAGGAGACGGGUUGCCAAGAUGAUGAAGCUACUGCAAAGACAGACGGCUAUCAUGACACUGUCGAAGAAACAGCUGGAAAUACUGAAGUUUUAGUUUUUGCCCAACCAACUGACACUGCUCCUGUACCCACUAUUUCAGAAGAGCUGAGCGAUGCAAUAAGUCAAUCACAAGUUGAAAACCAGAUAGUGUACGAGCCUAUUAGUAGCCCAGAGAGUAUUGAAGAUGCAGAUGCUGCUAUGGCACCGGAGAAGCAAGUUUUGGUCUCUUUUGCGAACAUAUCAAGUAUUCAAGACACGAAGGACGACUUGCCCAAUGAAUUCAUGGAGGCCAGUCAUUUCCAACUGGAAAAUGAGCAUAUGGCUAAAGAAGAAGGAUCAGUGGGCCAGAAAGCACUUGAAAUGGUGAUGGUCCCACUGACAACCAUUUUUUCUGAGACUCGUGCAGAGGAAGAAUCGGCAAUGUCUUUACCGGUUGAAGAUUUGGUGCCUUCGGAGGAUGUGCCAAGUACUCAACACAUGAUGGAGGAAAGUAAGGCUAGUCCAUUGCCAGUGGAAAAUGACGAAAAACCGACAGACGACCAUGCAGCAAUUGAAAUGGACGUACAACAGACCAUCAAAGUACCAGGUCCAGACAGUAGUCCAGAUAGUGACAAAGAUGGGGAUGCUGCCGUGGCUUUGGAGAAGCAAUAUUUGGCAUCAGACGAGGAGGUACAAAGUACUCAAGACAAGGCUAGUUAUUUGCACCCGGAUAAUAGCAGUACCACUAAAGAACAACGGACAGACAACCAAACCUCAGUCGAAAUGGAGGAAGUACAAUUGACCACCACUGUCCCAGAGCAUAAAGGAGAUGCCACCACUGAUUUGGAGAAGCAGGACUUGCUGUCUUUACAGGAAGUACCAAGUAUUCAAGACAAAAUGGACACACUCAUGAAUGAAAGCGCAGAAGCUAGUCAUUUGCAAGUGGAAAAUAAUGAAAGUGCUAAAGAAGAACAGACAGAUGGCCAAGCAGCAAUUGAAAUGGAGAAACACCACACUAUCCCAGUUCAGCAAAGUUGUCCAGAUAGCAACAAAGAUGGCGAAGUUGCCGUGGCUUUGGAGAAGCAAGUCUUAGUGUCUUCGGACGAUCUACCAUGUAAUCAAGUAAUAAAGGAGGACUUGUGUCCGAAUGAAAGUGAAGAGACUCAUCGUUUGCAACUAAAAAACAAGACAACUGCAGACGAAUGGACAGUCCAAGCAGUAGUUGAAAUGCAGGUCGAAAAUACAACUAACAUUUCAGAGACUUGUCCACAGAGUAACCGAGCUGGAGAUGUUGUCCUGGGUUUAGAGAAGAAAGAAUUUGUGUCUUUAGACAUGGAGGGCAACUUGCAACUGGUAAAUGAGAAACCUGCUGAAGAAGAACAGACAAAUUGCCAAGCAGCUUUUGAAAUAGGUGUGCAAGAGACCUCCACAGUUCCAGAGACUAAUCUAGAGAGAAACAACAAUGGAGAUGGUGCUUUGGCUUUGAAUAAGGAAGAUUUGGUGUCCUCAGAGGAUUUAUCAAGUAUCCAACAUGUGAAAGAUGACUUGCAUUUGGAAAACGAGACAUCUAAUGAAGAACCAACAGAUGGUAGUGUGGUUGUCGCAGAUGUUUCUCAACACUUGCAGGAUGAUCUUCCUGCUGUGGACCUGCCACAUGAUACAUCUGACGAAUAUGUAAUUCUCAAGCCAGUCUCAGAUAGCAACAUUCACUUAGAUAUUGUCUCCCAAGCUGCUGUCGCGUCAGGUCUGUCUGACCCCAGUUUGGUGAACCAGGUGGAUCCAAAUUCUACCUUUGACGCAAUAAAUGGACCUCAACAGACCUGCCUUUUGAAGACUGAAGAGCCACCCCCUGAUGUCAAAGUUGAUUCAGUGAUACCUUCAAGUGAAGAGGCAAAAGAUUUACCUGCACCACCUUCAGAAGAACCUUUUGAGUCAACUCCAGACAACUUCCUUCAACCACCAUCUGUCAUGGUUGAAACGACCAACUCUAAACCUCAAGAUGAAAAUGUUGUGGCGACAGAGGACAGCGGGGAAAACGUUGCCCUCCAGGAAUUGCAAAUUCUGGAGGACAUGGAGAUCGGACAUGAGAUCGUUGUGGUUGAGGUUGCGAACGAAGAAGACCCUGACGUGACGAUAAUAGACAAAGCCGACACUCAAACGCCUUCUCUUCAAAAGGCAGUGGAAAAGACUGAAAAUGAAAAUGUAUUGAAGACCAACAAUUCCUUUUUAAAGCCCGACAUUGACACCGAAAUACUUCUUGAGAAACCCAAGAAGCAAGAAAUGAACACCCAGGCCAGAACCAAAGCGCGUCUGGCUGCUCUGGCAGAGCAGAAAGCGGCCGCUAUGAAGAGGACGGCCAACCGGCAGCAGCUCAACCUUUUAGCCUUGUGUCAGGAAAUUGCUGAGGACAUAGCCACAGACAGCACGCUGUUAAAGAGGAUUGAAGAGGAAAAACAAGCAGCGGCCAAAAGCGAAGCUGCCAAGAAGGAAAAUCCACCUAUGAGCACGCAGGAACUGGCCCUUGUUGACGUCAAGCCUCCUGCUGAACCCGAAAGCUCCUCAGCGCAGAGGCCCCCUGCUGAGGAGCCCCCUGCGGCGCAGCCUGCCAGUGCUGAAUCCAAGCUGGCAGAGGAUCCGCCAAAGAGGCGUUUCUUUGUCUCCCAAGUUUCCGUGCCUCUGAAGGCCCACGAGAAGAAGAAGCUAACACGAUAUCAAAGAUUAAGACAGGUAGAACUGCAAAGGGAGAAGAUGUCAUGGGCGCGCAUGAAGAAAAUGAAGUCUGACCAGGCAAAUCAACUGUUCUCUGACAUGGACUGGCAAGCUUCGAUGUUACCACCUGCUCUGUUUUCCAUCAAUGCCAUGACCACUGACCCUGCACCCAAAACCAGUUCGGCCCCCCUUCCAACUCCCACCUUAAGUAGCAAACCGGCAUCCCCCAAGCCAGAAGCUCCUGAGUCUCUCAAGAGUGAAACUAAAGAACCCAUAGCGGAUGCCCCCAAGACUGAACCAGAAAUCAAAACAGAACCCCCAAAAACAGAAAGUCCUCCGACUGAACCUCCUAAAGCCGAAAUCACGAGAGUAACACGGCAAAGCAGUAAGGCUCAGACCCCUCAGGUCACCCCUCCAAAUCCCACCCCAAAAGUCACCAGGUCGUCCACCAGGAGGUCUCUGCCGGCUGUACCCCCACCCAUGCCCAACGGACUUAAGGCGUCAAAACCACAGCCUGUCGAGUACAAGCCAUACAAACCGCGUCCCAGGUAUUCACCUGAUGAUUUUGAACUUGAUGAUGACCCGUUACCGACGCCUCCAAAGAGGGUUAAUCCUCUACCUAGGCUUAACCAGUCUCCCAGUCAGUCACAUCCACUGGCCCAGUUGAAAGCCACACUUCAGCAAUCCAGCCAGGCAAAACUUAAACACUCAACCACCUCUGCUGGACAGAUUUCAUCACCAUGUCAAUCAAAGCCCACCAUUCCAACCUCAGCUCAGUCCAAACCCACCUGUUCUCCCGGUCCACACCUUCCCGUUACCUCAAGUGCCCAGUCAAAAACAUCUGUCACCUCUGCUCCCGCCAAACCGUCACCCUCAGAUGCGGUUCUGAAAUCGAAACCCGCUUUGGCUGUGACUCAGGCUGUGUCGGUUUCACCUCAACUAAAAACAGCUGGCCUUGCCCCAGCUCAGACCAACCAGUCAGUGGCUUCAAACACAUCCCAGAUGAAGCCUGGCAGUCCUCCAGCUGAUGGAGUUGCAGGUCAUGCCAAAACCCUCCAGGCUCUGCCAGCAACAGACAAGGAAAGCAAGGCUACUGCUGCUUCAAGUCCACCUAAAAGCCCCCCUCCUCCUGCAGGUCUGAAUUUUUAA